AUGGAGCAGCUCCAACAAUUGAUGGAACAGCAGCAGAAACUUAUCAAGUUGCUCUCACUGCCUAUGGCCAACCAAGGUUUUACUUUGCCGAUAGGGUUCUCGUCUCCAUUGACUGGUCUUUCUGCAGCCUUGUCUCCAGGGAUCAACACAACUGCUUUUCAAUUCUCUGGCCCUUCUGCUAAUGAAAAUUCUUCAAAUGCUAAAGGAUCGUUUUGCAUUCCAUUAGUCCAAAUAAUCCAAUCCCCAGCACAAGAAAGUGCAUCCACAUCACCAAUUAGCAGUGAUCCUACUCAGACAGCAAUGUAUCCACCCCCACCUCAAAACUCAGGUGAUUCGAUGGCUGAAAAUUCUAUUUUGGUGCAGCAUUUGUCUAAUGAGAAACCUGAGAUACAUGUUUCCAGACUACAAUUGCAGAUGGAGGAGGCAGAAACAAGUCUAGAUGAGUGUAUUCCUGAGGAUGAAAACUGUCCUAGGAAUCUUUCUCCAAUCAAUGAGGAAAAAGGUGAACUACAAUUAGAGCAACAUGCUGUCACUCCAUUUGGCAUUCAAAGAAAUUCCAAGAAACCAGAGGGGCUAGAAGAAAGACCCAUCAGACCUGGAAUUAGUGAAAAGCAAAAGACUUUUGAAGAUUUUGUUGAAGAACUACUUAAGGUCGAUUCAGAAUUAAUUCAACAGGAUCCGCAGGAUAUUAAUGAAGUGAAGGUGGCUCCAAAAAAGACUUUCCUGAAGCGUGGAGAAGGCAUUGCACGCUUUGAGAAGAACAAAGAAAAUAUCCUCAAGGAAGAAAACAGGAGUCCAGUUUGCAAAUCCACCAAACAAUUUCCUAAAAAAGUUAGUUUUAGCAGUCAACACCGAUUUUCCUUACCCUUGCUCAAUGAGAAUAAAAAACAUCAGAACAAAAAGCAAUUAAUUUCAAAAAAACAAGUUGAUAGUUCAGAACUUGUGGAAUCAAAAGCAAUGAAGUCUGUCUGUAUUGAUAACUCCCUGGAAGAGACCAAAAUAAAGGAUCACACAUUGAAAGAAAAACUGGACGAAAUCAAGAAUAGUACAGAUGAGGGUAUUCAAAGUGACAUAAACGUAGCAGAACCACCAAUCAAAGUUGAAUCGCCUCAUAAAUACUCUGACAGAAGGAAGAGUGGAUGCCACCAUGUUCAGCAGGACAGUCAAGAAGAGGAUAUUACCACUCUAGAGGAAUCCCAAGGAAGAACUAGUAAAGGAAGUUUAAACAUAAAUGCUCUAGAAAAUCAGCACUUAAUUGGAGUUGAUUUACAAUUAAAGAAUUGCCCAAAUAGUUUUUCCCAUGAAAGCAUGGAGAGGCAGAACCAAGGCCAACAAAUUGGACAGAUUAAGAUGAACCAGCUACAGGAAUCUUCAAAUGAACAGCCAUAUUUCAAUAAGGUUUCUCAUCUGGAAUGCUUAAGUAAUAAGAGAACAGAAAAUAUAGACCAGACGACCAAUCUGGACCAACAGCAGGCAGAGAAAGCCCAAAAUGAAGAUAUAGCCAAGUGCAAAUUUCAGAAACCAGCAAAUAAAAGAUCAUGA